UUUGCCUUUAACUUCUGAAAAUCGAGCAUCACUUGCGGGAAAGUGGCGCUGCACGAACACUCGCCAACCAAUAAUAUAAAUAUAUUUUAUACAGCACAUUAUUCUAUACGAGUUUGAACGAAUUUGCGGCCAUGUGGAAGCCUGGCAAGCCUGAUUUAUACGAGAAUAAUGGCGGCACUGUUUUGGCCAUUGCCGGAAAGGACUUCGUGGUCAUUGGCGGGGACACACGUUUGAGCAGCGGCUGUGCAAUUCUCUCGCGGACACAGACCAAGUUGUGUCCUCUGUCCAAGCAGAUGGUGGUGGCGGCCACAGGCUGCUGGUGCGACGCCGUCUCGCUGACUAAUCUGUUGAAGGUGAAGCAGCAGGGCUACGAGAACCAGCACCACAAGGUCAUGAGCAUCGAGUCCAUGGCACAGAUGCUCUCCGUGGUCCAGUACCAGCGACGCCAUCUACCCUACAACGUCUCCCCCAUUUUGGGUGGCAUCGACCAGGACGGCCAGGGGGCCGUAUUCUCUUACGAUUGCAUCGGCCAUUUCGUCCGUGAAAGCAGCCGUGUCGAGGGGACAGCCGUCGGCAUACUGCAGCCGGUGUUGGACAAUCAGAUUGGUGAGACAUCCGAGCAGCCGGCGCUAACCAAGGAGCGUGCCCUGGCCAUCGCCAAAGAUGCCUUCAUCACGGCCGCGCAGAGCGACAUGUUCACCGGCGACUCUGUGAUUAUCAAUGUUAUUACAAAGGAUAGCAUUAAGGUCGAGAAGAUGCAGCUGGGCAAGGAUGAGUUCUAAUUCACUCCCAUCGCCUUUUCCUUUAACACUCUCUCUUUCGUUUUCGUUGCUCAUUAAAUUAUCAUUUACAUAGCACUAUGAUUACUUUUUCGCAGUCAAAAACUGCAACUCACAAAUGCUCUCCAGCUGCGUCACCGGGAAGUGCAUCAACAGCGACAGGAUCAACUGCAACAUCACCUGCAAGGCGAAUCAGUUCAAGUGUGCGGCCUUCAAUACGUGCAUCAACAAUUAAAAACAAUUCGACGGGGAUUCGAGUGUCCCGAUGGCUGCGAUUAGGUGAACUCCACCUGCCCGGGGAUCACAAAUGCAUGCAAAUGCUAUGGCUGGGACUGCCACUCGAAUGCAUCAACGAGUGCGGUACCAACGAGUCGGAUUUCAUCGAAGAUCUGCUGCAUCGAUGGCUCCGCUACUGUUGUGGGCUUCUUCAAGACGGACUUUGUUUUUGAGACCCUCAUCAGGCCCAAGGACACGCUGGCAACCAUGGCAAGGUGUACAAUGCACACCAUGAAGAUUACAUUCCGAAAUUUCAGUUGUAAUGAAAAAUAUACUUUUAUUUCACUUUCAA